UAACGGGAGAGACGCCCAGUCAACAUCUGAGCGCAGGAUGGCUGAGGAAGAAGUUGAGAAGAUUAUUCAUCACACCAAGCGUAUUUUUAUCAACAACGUUGACUCCUAUGCCUCGAAAUGUAUCGCAAAGUUCUUGUCUGCCUGUGUAGUGGGGGCGUCCCUGGUGGAAACUGACGAGCCAGAGGUGGAGGAAGGGGAAGAGAGGCUAUCAAAAGAUGACCAUCCAAAAGUCAAAGACGGAACCUUUCAAAUUGUCGGAACUAUUGCAAACAAAAACGAAAGAAGACCAAGUUAUGUGUUGGAUGAAUAUUUUCAACUGAAAAGGGAAGAACUCCUGGAGCACCUGAUGGAGUGUGAUAUCAUAAUUUACAACAUCACUGAGGAUGCUGACCAGAUGGACGAGGCCUCUUGGGCAAUCUCAGCCCUUCAUGCUGAGAUGGCCAGGUUCAGUCAGCCAAAGAUGUUCAUCCUCAUAUCAACUGUAAUGACCUGGGCUCUCAGCAAGCCUGUCGAUGCGGAUGACCCUGAGAUUCCAUUCACUGAGGAAGACUACAGGAGAAGAAGAGCCCAUCCCAACUUCAAAGAGCAUAUCAACGUUGAAAAACAUGUGGUCAAAAUGGGCAAAACGAAAAGUUCAUUGCUCUCCACAUACGUAGUGGCCUCAGGAGUUCAGUAUGGAAUGGGAGAGCAAGUCUUCCACUUCUUCUUCAAGACAUCUUGGUUGGGAGACUUGCCCAAAGUCCCUAUCUUUGGAGAAGGCACCAAUGUCAUUCCUACUAUUCACAUCAAUGACCUUGCAGGUGUGAUCCAGAAUGUAAUUGACCACAAGCCAAAACCACAUUACUUAGUCGCUGUGGAUGAUUCCAAGAUCACUAUCGAUGACAUUGUAAAGACAAUAGCCGAUGUGGUGGGGCCAGGAAAGACCAAGAGAGUGCCAAAAGAGGAUGCUUUUCUCACUCGGGAUUUGAGACAAAUGGACAUUGAUGCUCUGUUUGUCAACCUUCGGAUUGAGGCUGUCUACCUGAAAGAGAGCUUCAACAUCCACUGGGUGUGUGAGUCUGGUCUCAUAGACAACAUUGACCGUGUUGUGGAGGAAUACAAGCAAACCAGGGGCCUGCUGCCCAUCCGAGUGUGUAUCAUGGGCCCUCCAGCGGUGGGAAAGAGCACAGUAGCAGAGAGGAUCUGUAAACACUACAAACUGCACCACAUCAGACUCAAGGAAACUAUCACUGAGACCCUUGCACACCUGGAGUCUAUCGUUAGGAUGGAGGACGGAGAGACUGAGGCAGAGGAUUCUGCCACCUCAUCAGAACUCCUGGAGACUUUGAAGGAGAACAUGGAUCAAAAUGGAGGUCGACUGGAUGACCAGUAUGUGAUCAGGAUCAUGAGAGACAAGCUGAAGUCAAAGCUGUGCAGGAACCAGGGUUUUGUCCUGGACAGCUUUCCCAAGACAUAUGAACAGGCCAAGGACCUGUUCUAUGCUGAUGAUGAUGAGCCAGAGGAUAUGAGGUCAAAGAUCCCUCCAUUCAACAAGAAGAUAAUUCCAGAGUUUGUGUUCUCCCUGGACUCCUCCGAUGCGUUCCUGAAAAACCGUGUCCUGAACCUCCCGGAGAGCCUGGUGGAGGGAACGUCCUAUUCCCAGGAGCAGUUCCUGCGCCGCCUUGCCAGGUUCCGGGAGAGCAACGUGGAGGACGAGACCGUCCUCAACUACUUUGAAGAGCUAGAUAUUCACCCGGAGCACAUUGAGAUCACCAGCAGUGACGACCAGGAGUACCUGGUGGUGACAGAGAGGAUCAUCAAGUCAGUGGGCAAGCCUAAGAACUACGGCCCCACCAGCCAGGAGCUGGAGGAGGAGGAGAGGAGGAGCGCAGACCGCCGGCUGAGAACGGAGGCCCAGAAGAGGGCUGACACAGAGAGGCGGGAGACAGAGGAGGCCCAGCAGAGAGCAGCCCGCUGGGAGGAGUGGAGUAAGUGUCUGGAGGAGGUGAAGAAGCAGGAGCAUGAUCUCCUGGAGGUCCAGGCUGUUCCCCUGAGAAACUAUCUGAUGAAGAACGUCAUGCCCACUCUCACCCAGGGCCUCAUCGAGUGCUGCAAGACCAGGCCUCAGGACCCUGUUGAUUUCCUGGCAGAAUAUCUCUUCAAGAGCAACCCCCAAGUGGAGUGAAAUGGGACUUGUCUUCAGGAUUUAUAACCUCAUAUCAGUACCAUCUACAAUGCAGAAUUGUACUCACAUCAUAUUUAAAAGUGAUUUAGUAAAAGCCUUUUCUCACAAGAAGAGUUUUUAUUUUGAUUAUAUUUAGGGGGGAUUCUUAUACAUUUACCGUAUAUUGUAGCGGU